GGAAAAAGGGGUAAAGUAACUUGAUGUUGAUUGUUCUCUAAAUAGAACGUUUCUUCUUCUACAUGUAGAAAAGGAAUAAAUAAAUUAAUCAAAUUCCGGGAGGCUUCAUGAAGUGCUUCUUUAGGAGUUAAACUUCCAUUUGUCCAUAUUUCUAGAAAAAGAAUCUCUUGUUUUUCAUUCCCAUUCCCAUAAGAAUGAAUACUAUGAUUCGCAUUUUGAACAGGCAUGAAUACAGCAUCUAUAGGAUAACUUCGGUCUUCAAAGUUAUUUGACAUUUUUAAACUAUAUCCGCGAUUCCUCUCGAUUUUUAAUCCAAUACACAAAUUUAUUGGUUCCGUUAAGGUAGCUAUAUGCUGUGUAUUAUCAACGAUUUCCACAGAGGGCGGUAAAACUAUGUCUCGAGCAGUUAUAUAUCCGGGACCUUGGACACAAAUAAGCGCGUUGCGCGUUCCAUAUAGAUUACUUUUUAAUACAAUCUCGUUCAAAUUCAUUAAAAUUUCAUGUACUGAUUCUUGAAUACCGACUAUGUUAGAAUAGUCAUGUGGUAUGUUCUCAGAUUUUGCACGUGUAAUACAUGUUCCUUCUAUUUCGCCAAGUAAAGCUCUUCGCAUCGCAAUGCCUAUUGUGUCGGCUUGACCUUUCAUAAGUGGAGACAGAAUAAAGCGUCCAUAAUAAAGACGCUUACUGUCUCUUCUUGAUUCAACACACUUCCACUGUAGUGUCCGAGUAGAUACUUUGACUUUCUCUCGAACCAUAGUAAUUUUAUUUGAUCAGAUCAUUGAAUCAUUUAUUUCUCUUGAAACCCUUUCAGCCUUUAUUUAGUUCUAUACACGUCGUUUUUUAGGGGGUCUACAACCAUUAUGUGGCAUAGGGGUUACAUCUCGUACGAAACUUAAAAGUAUACCGCUUCUACGAAUAGCUCGUAAUGCUGCAUCUCUUCCUAGUCCAGGGCCUUUUAUCCUUACUUCAGCUCGUUGCAUACCUUGAUCCACUACUGCUCGAAUAGCAUUUCCUGCUGCGGUUUGAGCAGCAAAAGGUGUUCCUCUUCUUGUACCCCUGAAUCCACAAGUACCCGCGGAGGACCAAGAAAUCACCCGACCCCGUACAUCUGUAACGGUCACAAUGGUAUUGUUGAAACUUGCUUGAACAUGAAUAACUCCCUUUGGUAUUCUACGUACAUUUUUACGUGAACCACUACGGGUAUUUUUACGUGAACCAAUUCUUAAUAUAGGUUUUGCCAUAUUUUUUCAUUUCACAAGAAAUAUAUGGAUAUAUCCAUUUCAUGUCAAAACGGACCUUUUUUUUACUAGCUCCUUGGAAGUGCCUUUUCCUUUAGUAAGAUUAUCCUUGUCUUUGUUUAUGCCUCGGGUUGGAACAAAUUACUAUAAUUCGUCCCCUCCUACGGAUUAGCCGACACUUUUCACAAAUUUUACGAACGGAAGCCCUUAUUUUCAUAGUUGUUAUUCCUUAAUUCUCUUAAUAUACUUAUUGUUGGACGAAAAAAAGGUUUCUUGAUAUUUUUGAAUCUUGAAUUGUAUCUUCGUGAAAGGAAUGUUGAAUUUCAAAAAACCACUGACUUAUUUGAAUCCUUGUUAUGGAGUCUAGAAAGUGGCUGUUCCCCGAUUAACUUAAUACCUAAGAACUUACUAAAAUUUUUACCCCCCUUUUUCUCCUAUAGGUAUACCUAUACAAAAAUAUGUCGAAUCCUUUCAGAAGCAUGACCUAAAAUAAAAAAAAUCUUUAGUAUCUAAACAAAAUCGAACCAUACCGUUCGGAAGUGAUUCAUAAAGAAAACUUUCAUUAAUUCAUUUUUUUCUUUAAUUUCAUUCGGGGUAAAAAAUUCUAAACUUUUUUAGCAGGGGUGGUAUUACACAACCCCCCCCCCUUUUUUUUCACAAAUGCUAAGUUCCGGAUAUCCAAUUUUGAUAUUAGAAGGAUUACCAUAUAUAACACAAAAUUUCUCCGCCGAUUCUUUUUAGUCGAGCUUCUCGAUCUGUCAUUAUACCUUGAGAAGUUGAAAGGAUUACAAUUCCUAUUCCGCCUAAAAUUCGUGGAAUUCGUUGAGAGUUAGAAUAGAUUCGUAGACCCGGUCGGCUUAUUCUCUUUAAAUUUAAAAUCGUUUUAUAGGAUUCUUUCUUAUUUCGUCUAUGUCUUAGGGUUAAAAUCAAAAAAUAUUGAUUGUUUUCGCGAUGUUUCCUUACGUUUUCGAUAAAACCCUCUCGUAAAAGUAUUUUAACAAUGCUUUCGGUGAUGUUAGUCGAUCCUAUCCGAACUGUUCCUUUUCUAUUCAUGUCAGCAUUUCGUAUAGAGGUUAUUAUAUCAGCAAUAGUGUCUUUCCCCAUGAUAAGUUAAAAUUCCUUAAUUGUUCUAUAAUUUUGAUAUAAUCAACAUGUUAUUUUUCUUUUAUUUAUAUAAAAAUAGAGACGAAUUAUAUAUUAAUAUAUGAAUUCAAUUAUUAAUAUAUAAAAUUAUUAAGGGUAUAUGCGUGAUACACAAUCUAUUAAUUAUAAUUAAUUUGAUUUCAAUACCAUUUUUUUAAUCCUAUCCUAUAUUAACUAUCGAUAUUUAGGUCUUAUAAUACUUCAGGAGCUAAUGAAACUAUUUUAGUAAAGUUUAAUUGUCUCAAUUCCCGUGGGAUCGCCCCAAAAACGCGAGUUCCUUUUGGAUUUCCUUCUUGAUCAAUGACAACUGCGGCAUUGUCGUCAUAUCGUAUUAUCGUCCCAUUCUUACGUUUGAGUUCUUUACAAGUACGUACAAUUACAGCUCUGACCACUUCUGAUCUUUCUAGAGUAGUAUUUGGGAUUGCUUCCUUGAUUACAGCAACAAUAACGUCACCAAUAUGAGCAUAGCGGCGAUUACUAGCUCCUAUUAUUCGAAUACACAUCAAUUUUCGAGCCCCGCUGUUGUCUGCUACAUUCAAAUAGGUUUGUGGUUGAAUCAUAUUUUUGUAUCUCUUCUUUUAGUGCAAAGGACGAAGUAAAAAAAAUAUUGUUUGUCAAAAAAAACUUAGAAUCUUUUUAUCCUUAAAUGUUAUUUAGCUUUUUCAUUCUAUAUUCCUAUUCAGAAAUAAUGAAUUGGGUUUUUAUAGGCAUUUUUGAUGCCGCGAUUGAAAUAGCUUUUCUGGCUAUAUUUUCUGGUACACCACCCAUUUCAUAAAGGAUUUUACCUGGUUUAACCACAGCUACCCAGUACUCUGGGGAUCCUUUCCCAGAACCCAUACGCGUUUCCGCGGGUCUUACUGUAACUGGCUUGUCUGGAAAUAUACGUACCCAAAUUUUUCCACCACGUCGUAUAUUUCGUGUCAUUGCUCGUCGCCCUGCUUCUAUUUGUCUAGAUGUAAUCCAAGCGGGUUCAAGUGUUUGAAGAGCAUAUCUGCCAAAACAAAUACGAUUCCCACGAGAGGAUAUUCCUUUUAGUCUUCCUCGAUGUUGUUUACGAAAUUUGGUUCUUUUUGGGUUAUAGUUGAUGGGUUUUUUCUAAAUGAGAAAUUCCAUCUCUACUGCAGAACUGGACGUGAGAGUUUCUUCUCAUCCAGCUCCUCGCGAAUAAAAGGAUUAAUUAAGAUAUAGAUGUAGUUAAUGAUUAAUCCUAUUAAUCAUGGUAUUUUUUUUUUAUUUCAUCUUAUCUCUUCUAAAUUUGUGUAUGUCUUUUUUGAAAUAGAAUCAAAGAUCAAUUUUAUUUCGAUUUAUUUAAAAAUAACGUAAUAUCAUCAUUACAAAUGUAAUUUUUAUUAGAGUUAGAAUAUUAUAACAAAUCCUUAUUUUUUUUUCAUUGUUUUUUUCAUCUUUUAUUACUGUUUUUAUUUGAAAAAAAAAAACCAAUUUUUCGCCGGCGAAUAUUUACUCUUUCAAUAUCUAUUUAAGUUUGCUGUUUAUCCCCCGAGGUCUCAGAAUCAAAAUCAGAAUAGAUAAUAAAGUUUCUGGUUUAUUCCGCCAUCCUGUCCAAUGAAUUACUAAGAUUUCUUGUUCACUAGAAUCCUAUAUAUUCAUGGGUUCCGUCGUUCCCAUCGCUUCUUGAUUAAUCAUUAGGCCUGAAUUCUACAAUGGAGCUUUUACAUGAAAUUUUGAAUUUCUUUUUUUUUUGAGGCAAUUUUCUCAGUUUUGAUUGUCUCAAGGCUCUUAAUUUUUGUUUUCGGAACAGAUUUAUCUAAUUAUUAUUAUUUAUCUAAUUAUUAUGAAUGAAUCUGUAUUGAUGCUUUAUUACAUUGCUUUUCUUACAGUGACCUCAUAGAUUUUCCAAAUUGGAAUCAUAUAUCAUUAAUAUUCAAUUUUUUCGCUCUUUCUUUCAUCCUUCCAUUUAUCCGCAUACUUUUUGAUUACCUUUCAUAACUUAAUAAUCAUCUUUCUUUAUUCUUUUUUUUUAGUCAGUUGCUCCAAUGAUAUGAUCAGCCUAUCAUAUCUUGACUAAUUUUUUGGAUCCAGAUAAUGCGAAGCAAUGAGUUGCUUAGGUUAUUUAUUAAUGCUGUAGUUAUUAGUUGGUAAGUUCUUUUUUUUUUUUAUCGUAAUCUAACCCUAAACCAACGAGUCACACACUAAGCAUAGCAAUUAUAUCAAAGGAGUUUUGAUGGAAAUGUUUAUUCAACCUUAUAGAAUUGCUUAUUUUUUUUUCUUAAACAUAAAAAAGAAGACUACAAGUUUUUAUUUUUAUUUCUUUAUAGUGUUAUACUACAUAGUUUUCGUUUUUUAUCAUUGGAUAAAAUGUAAAGACAAAUAAAGUUUUUUUAUUCUUCGUCUACGAAUAUCCAAAUUUUUAUUCCUAAAACCCCAUAAAUAGUUCGAACUGUAUAGGAACAAUAAUCAAUUUUAGCUUCAAUUGUUUGUAAAGGAACUCUGCCUUCUCUGAUCCAUUCAACACGUGCAAUUUCUUUUCCGUCGAUACGUCCUGCAAUUUGUACUUGAAUUCCUUUUGUAUUCGCCUGUUCAGUUAAUUCAAUAGCUUUUUUCAUUGCUUUUCGAAAAGAAACGCGAUUUUUUAAUUGGCCAGCUAUAAAUUCUGCAAGA